GAUAACAGAUAAAAAAAAAAAAUUAAAAAAUGGAGAAACAAAGUAGAGUUUACAGCCACCCAGAAGUUGAUAAAACAAUAAAAAUAAGUGAUGAUUUAAUAGAAGAAAAAAUUAAAAUAAUUAAAAAUAAAGCUAAUAAACUUCCGGACAAUGAAAGAGAAAUUAUUUUACGUAAAUCGAUUGGUCACAUUGAUUUAACCUCAUUGAAUCUUGAUGAUACAACUGAGACUAUUGAAAAACUCUGCUCAAAGGCUAUUAAUCCUUUAAAUUUGGAAGAACGAUCAGAUAAUAUUCAUACAGCAGCUGUUUGUGUUUAUCCAGCUCGAGCAACAGAUGCUAUUAAUUUUUUGAUAAAUAAAAAUGCAACUUAUCUUCCAGUAGCAAGUGUUGCUGGUGAUUUUCCAGCUGGAAAAUUGCCGUUUGAUGAACGUCUUCAAGAAGUCAUUGAUGUCGUUGCAAUGGGUGUUCAAGAAAUUGAUAUUGUUAUUGAUAGAUCAUUAGUUUUAAAUGAAGAUUGGGAUACUUUAUUCAAGGAAAUAUCAGAAAUGAAAAAAGCAUGUGGCAACAAGUGCCUAAAGACAAUAUUAUCAACAGGUGAUUUGCCUAGUUUGGAGCAUGUUUAUCAUGCAGCCAUGGUUGCAAUGCAAGCUGGUUCUGAUUUUAUAAAAACUUCAACUGGCAAAGAGACUGUUAAUGCAACAUUACCAGUUGGUAUUGUCAUGUCAAGUGCAAUUAAAAUAUACGAAAAAAAUACUGGACGCAAGGUUGGAUUCAAAGCUGCUGGUGGCAUCAAAACAGCUAAUCAAGUUGUUGAAUGGAUGAUUCUUGUUGAAUCAGAGUUAGGUCAUGAUCAUUUGGACAACACCAACUUGUUCAGAGUUGGAGCAUCAAGUCUUCUUGAUGAUAUUGUUGAAAAUAUUUCUCUCAAAAAAAUGUAAAACACACACAAAAUAUUUUCACAACACAUUUUAUAAUGAUCACUAUUAUUUUUCAACAUUGU